AUGAAACAGAAAAAAGACCUGAAAGAAAAGCUGGAAAACUUCUCUACGAGUCAUCCAGAUGUAAAGGACAUCAAAAUCCUGGUAGUUGGACAAAUUGAAGCAGGAAAAUCCAGCUUCAUUAACUCUAUUGAAAGCGCCUUUCAAGCACGGAUCUCCUCCAGAGCACUAGUUAAUUCAGCUGACGGUUACUGUCAUAGUUUCACUAAAACCGUAGAAGUGGGGGAAAAAAAAAUGCCCUUUGUCUUCAAGGACGUCAUGGGCUUGCAACCUAAAGUAUUGGAAGGGUUGCAAACAGAAGAUAUCAUCAAUGCUGUAUUUGGCCACGUGAGGAUGGCUAUAAAGUUCAACCAGGAGCAGGCACUCGCUCAUACGGAUCAACAUUACACCUGUGACCCUGAACUCUCAGACCAGUCUUUCUGCCUGGUUUAUGUCAUAGAUGCAAAAACAGUCGAAAAAAUGGAUAAUCAACUUAUUGACAAGCUGACAAUCAUCCGUCAGAGAAUCAGUGAUAAGGGGAUUCCUCAAGUGGUUGUCAUGACCAAAGUGGAUGAAGCAUGUCCGCUGGUCGGAAAAGAUCUGAGGAAAAUCUACAGUAGCAAGAAGAUCAAGGAGAAGAUGGAGUUGUGCAGUGCUAAAGUGGGGGUGCCAUUGACAAACAUCUUCCCAGUGAAGAACUACCAUUAUGAGAUUGACACAAAUGAUGACGUGGAUGUUCUGAUCCUGAAGGCAGUUGAACAGAUUGUUCAUCUUGCUGAUGAUAGAUUGAAGACUAGUGAAAGCUACUGA